GCAAAUUAAUUUUCAUUUAUCUCUAGCAUUUUAUUUUUCUCGCUACUGCUUCAGCUUGAAAAUUUUCUAUUAUCCCCUUGUUUUUAAUAAUCACUUAAAAAUCCAUCAGAGAUAAAAUCUUCAACAUUCCGCAUAGUUUCUUAUCAAUAAUUGGCUACUAUCUUUCUUUUUAAAUAAAAUUGCUACACCGACAGUUCAAAGAGAAUUAUUUUUCAUCGAUAAAUUAAUUUAUAAAUUUGGUACUUUAUUAAUUUGUUAUUGAUAAAUAAAAAGACACAAUCAUGUCCGGAGGUUUGUUGAAGCGUGUCCUAUCAAUUCAAAGUCAUGUGGUCCACGGAUACGUGGGAAAUAAAAGUGCAACAUUUCCACUACAGGUACUUGGUUUUGAAGUUGAUGCAAUAAAUUCAGUACAACUAUCAAAUCACACUGGAUACAAGUCUAUCAAAGGGCAAGUUCUCGAAGAAAAAGAUCUUAGAGAUCUGUUUGAGGGGCUCCAAGGGAAUGAUUUAUUGCAAUAUUAUUCCCAUCUUCUGACCGGAUACAUUGGAAAUGCGUCAUUCCUUCAACGAAUUGGAUCGAUUGUAAAAAAUCUUAAAGAGAUAAAUCCCAAUCUUGUUUAUGUUUGUGAUCCAGUUAUGGGUGACAACGGCCAAAUGUACGUUCCUAAAGAACUAUUGCCAAUUUAUCGUGAUGAAAUUGUUCCACUUGCCGAUAUUAUAACACCAAAUCAAUACGAAGUAGAACUUCUAACUGAACGAAAAAUCCUUACCGAACAAGAUGCAUGGGAUGCAAUGGAAUGGUUUCACAAAAAGAAUAUAGAAACUGUAGUUUUGUCGAGCACAAAUUUGGGUGCACCCGGUGAACUUUUGGCAUUCCUUAGUAAAAAGAAUGGACCUCGUUAUAUACUAAGCAUUCCGUUACAAGGAAACGAUAUAUGUUUCACAGGAACUGGUGACCUCUUUGCAUCACUUUUCUUAGCUCAUAGCCAUAACAAUACAGACUUGAAGGUAGCUCUAGAAAAUACCAUAGCUAGUUUGCAAGCUGUAAUCAAGCGUACAAUUGAAGCUAUGCCAGCUGAUGUGAAAACUGGCCAACGAAAAGUCACUUCACAUGAAAGGGAACUUAAAUUGAUUCAGAGUAAAAAUGAUAUUGAGAAUCCUAAAGUUAUUUUGCAUGCAAAACAAAUUGUAAGAUAAAUAAAUUCUUCCAAAUUAUUGAACUA